GUUUCGAUCUGGCAACAUUAACUUUCGUGGUAAAAAAAACUGCAAAACAAUCACAAAUAUUUUGUUAUUCCUUUAAAUUAUCAGAAAUAUUUAAAUAAAGUUUCUUAAUAAUGGAAGCCAUUAAUCCAGAUGAAUUUAAGGAUAAAAAUGAUGGAAUGCAUUUGAUAGUGGAGACUUCCUACAGCCUAUCAACUUUGCAAGAAUAUAUGAACCAAACUUGUUUGGCAGAUAAAUGCGGAUUUUUGCAGCAUACCGAGGAUAUAGAAGAGAUUUGCAAACAAUUUUGUGGUCUGUUAAAAAACAAUGAAUUAAAUCUUGAUGAAAUUACGAAUCUAUUUGUGGCGGCUUCUAUGGUUUAUUUUGUAAAUGCCACUCCGGAAAAUUUCGAAUGGCGCUACCAUCUUUUGCAAAAGACAUUCCAGUAUGUCGACACUUUGAGUCCAAUACAUUUACAUGUGGCUACUAAACGUCUCUGGGAAGCCUUUAAAAUGGAAGGAAUCGAAUUUGUCUUCAACAUUUUAACCAUAAGUCAUCACAUAUCAAUGGCCAGUGAAACUGGACGUGCUAUAGCCAUAUGUUUAGUUUGGACCUUAAUUUGUGAAAUCAUGGAAACAGAAAUACAAAUGUAUACGUUUCAUGAGUUCAGUGAAUUAAUAAAGAUGUUAAAAGAACUAGAUGAUGAGGUUUUGCAGGAGGAGGAACAUAUACGUAUCGUUUAUGUAAUGGUGCAGUGCCUUGGUUUUAUAAUAAACGCUGUGGUGUAUGGAAAAAAUGAUGAUUUAAAAAAGGCCGGUUAUCGCAACUACUUUUCCUACAGCCAAAGAGAAUUGGAAAAGUUGAAAAAAUACGCUGAACGUUUAACAAGUUUACUUAAGAUCAAUAUUUCGGGAGAUAAUAAUUUCGAGUUGAGAAUGACAAUAACUGAAUAUAUAAAUAUUAAUAUUAUUGGAAUUUUACAAGAGAAGAUCUCCGAAAUGCAAUCUGUUUAAUAAAUUCGAUAUAUCGUGUCUUUAAAAUCAAGAAAUUUCCGUUUUUGGCCAUAUUUUAGAUAUUACAACGGCGCGACUUGAAAAGUCGAAUAGACGACUUUUCAUAAAUUACAAAAAGUCGUUACUUUUGUUUUAACUAUAUUGAGUUCGUUCUUUUUAUUCAACUACUCGCCGCUAUUGUGAAAAAUGGCGCAGCAGUUUUAAAAGAAUUGUCAGAUCGAUUUGAAAUCUAAUUUAGUUUUUAGAUUUUUUAAUAAAAAUACAUAAAAUUUAAUAAUAAAAUAUAA